CCUUAGAGGGCAGCAGCGGGGCGACACGGGGACGCAUGCGCUCCGGCGGCACCCGGUGAAUUAAAAGAGAGAGGGAAAAGCUCCCGCAGAAACGCGCGGCUCGCGUCCCUCGGCCGCGGCGUGAUGCGCACGGCCCGGCCCGUGACGCCGCGGCCACCCCCGUCUCCGCGCCCCAGCUGCCAUCGCGCGCCUGGCUCUGGGAACCCGGUGUCCGUCUUCGCUCCCUAUGGGGCUGCGCCGCUGGCUACGGAGCGCCUGCUGCUGCUGCCCGUGCCGGUGCCUGGAGGAGCCCGCGCGGCCGGAGAAGGAGCCGCUGGUCAGUGGUAACAAUCCGUAUUCCUCAUUUGGAGCAACUCUGGAGAGGGAUGAUGAAAAGAAUUUAUGGAGUAUGCCUCAUGAUGUGUCCCACACAGAGGCAGACGAUGACAGGAUCUUGUAUAAUCUGAUAGUCAUUCGUAAUCAGCAGACUAAAGACUCAGAGGAGUGGCAGAGACUCAACUAUGAUAUCUACACGCUGCGACAGAUUCGCAGGGAAGUGAGAAACAGAUGGAGGCGAAUCCUCGAAGACUUGGGUUUUCAAAGGGAAGCCGACUCUUUGCUGUCAGUGACCAAACUCAGCACCAUGAGUGAUUCUAAAAACACAAGAAAAGCCCGAGAGAUGCUGUUGAAACUGGCUGAAGAGACCUCCAUCUUCCCAGCCAGCUGGGAUCUCUCUGAGAGGUAUCUCUUGGUUGUGGUAAGUGGAUGCCUUUCCUCAUGGCCCCGUUUUGUUUCCUUUUCUGUUAUUUCUGGAACCCCCACAUCACAACCCCACCAGCUCCACCAGGACAGGGUGGGGAAUGGUGAUGCCACUGUAAGCACCCGUGACGGAUGGCUCCAGAGCCACCUGGACAGCUUUGAAGAGAAGGAUUUCCAGAUCCCGCCUAAAACUGUUGAGACCCGCGUUGUGGCCAGAUUGUUUUUCAUAUGAUUUCUGCUGUGUGGUUAAAGUUUCAGCAUUCGGUCAGAGUUGCUAUCCUGCCUAAGAUGGGAAAGGUUGGUGGAAGGCUGGGUGGAUAGUUUAGUUGGUGGAUGCUUGUUGUGUAAGCACGAAGAGCUGGUUUUUUUUCUCCAGCACCCACUUUGGGAGCCUGACACGGUGGCACUGCUUGUGAUCCCAGGGCUGGGACACAGAGAACAGACGGACACCUGAGGCUUGCCGACUGACCACCCUGGCCGAGUCAGGUGUGCACGGCUCCCAGCGAGAGAGAGUGCAACAAAGGUGGGGUGGUUCUUGAGGAACAACACAGAAGGUUAAACUCUAACCUUUGCACGCGGUGUGGAUACCGGCCCACCUGAACACAUACAUGCUCACACACACCUGCACAUACAUAUACUCACACUCACAAAUUUUUGGUGGAAACAUCUCUUGGGUAAGUAAAAGGGUGAGGUAAGCCUCGGAGUCUUGAAAUUUUUAAUGACUGUUUUACUUUCUUGGUAUUAUUUCUAGGGCAGGCUAAUAAAAUUUCUCAUCCAUGUAGCUCAGUUUCCAACUUGGUGAGCAUCUUCUUUCAUCUUUCCUCUAACUGCAGGACCGUCUCAUUGCUCUGGAUGCUGCUGAGGAGUUCUUUAAGAUUGCUAGCCGAACUUACCCCAAGAAGCCAGGGAUCCCAUGCCUGGCAGACGGCCAGAAAAAACUGCACUACCUUCCGUUUCCAAGUCCCUAAAG